AUGACGCCACGCGACGCGCGACGCCCCGGGCCGAUCGAGCGAGCCACGGGUGCGCGCUUCACCACCUUGCUUUACUUCCCGACCGCCAUGAGCGCGUCCAAGCACGUCGACUCCGAGCUCGAACCGCACCGCUCAGGCGUGUACGACACGCGCCUGGAUGAAAUACGCCGCUCACACACCUGGGCGAGCCUUUUCCCUCACACACCUGGAACCGCUCCCAUUCCGGCGCUAGUCGUGGUGGACGAACUGCAGUGCGCCCAGUCCGCUUCCGCUUCCACUCUCACUCCCACUUGCACUUGCACUCCCACCGCGGCUGCUCUACGACGCAAACUGGGCAUCUCUCUUUGUACCCAUCCUCUUCCUGUUGGACUGGACGACCAGCAGAUCGAGGUCUAUCGCGUUCUCCGCUCGAUCACCACCGAGCACCUGGAGCCCCUGCACAAGCUGCAAGGGUGGGACUUCAUCGACGCGUGGUUCCAGUGUGCAGAAGCCCACUACCUCGCAUGGACGAACGGUAGCCACCACCAGGAUCCCAGCCUGGACAACCUGAUGUAUCGAAACCGUCGUGCUGGCAAGAUAUCUCCGGUGCUCAGCGACUGGGAUAUUGCCAACGACUGGGACCUUGCAAUCGACGCCAGCGUCCCACAGACGCACACGGGCUUGACGAGGACCGGCACAAUGCCGUUCAUGGCUAUCGCGCGCCUGGAUGCUGGGGCAUGGGACGGCCAUCUUCCGCACAUCUACCGGCACGAUCUCGAGGCGUUCUUCUACAUCCUUACCUGGGUCGUGUGCUGCUACGAAGACGGCCAGCGCCUCGAUUCCCUGCCCCCCAUGCUCGAGACGUGGACGAAGGGCGAUACGUGGACGAAGUACGACCCAGAAACGUGCUCAGCGUACAAGUACACAUUCAUCUGCAAUGUGCAAUGGCCCUAUCACAGCUUUCCGACCGACUCGUGGUCGUACGAGAUGGCGGCGUUGGCGAAUAGGAUACGCGCGUUCUUCGCGGACAUGUUCAGGCUGUCUGCACCGUCGGAACAGUCAUAUCACGACACUUUCAAGCUUCAGUUCGAACGUCACGGUCGGGCAUUGCCACCCCCAAAGGAGGACGACAAACCGACGGAGAUAUGGGAGGGUUUCUGCGGUGCCGUGCAGGAAGAGCUACUGACCAUGUCCGACUGGGAUACCCUUAAGAAGGAGGACCUCCCGCCUAGGCUUGCAUCGUUCUUGCCCGACAGACGAUGGUAUCAACGUGUCGGAACGCCGCGCAGCCCCACCCCCUCCUUCACCGACCACGAAGGCGUCCUCGUGGGCGGCCUCCUCUAUUGGCUCAGGAAGUGCGACGCGAGGCGGCAGGCGGAGAAGGGGCCAGGGACGUGGGUGAUGUCGGGGGAGGUUAGGCUGGAUAAGGGGGAGGGGCGCGAGUUGGCGGUGCCGGACCAGCCGCGAUCAGUGGAGGACCAGCCCACGCCAGUCUGGGAGGAAUUUUGCGGCGCGGUGCGGGAGGCAAUCGGAUGGGUCAACGAGUACGCGUUGAGUUAUGCUCGAACAUCCGCUUCGCACGAAUCGGGCAAGCUGAGUCGUGCGAAGCGGCUGGUAGCAACAACGCGUCACAUGGCAGGGUCACAAAAGCGUGACCUUGACUUAGCGAAAUUUCGGCGGACGAUUCGGAUGACCCGCGCGAAUCUUCUUCUGUAUGUCAUGAAGAGGUAG